UUUAAUCCUUCAUCAGAGGCAGAGAUUUCCCUCGCAUUUGCCGUCUGGUGAGGAAGCAACUGUACAUAUUUGACGGCCGCAUCAUCACAAUUCACCUCCAUUUCCGGCAAAAUGGAGGGCGAAGAAAGCAAGAAAAAGAAGAAUGUUAAUAUUAUAGCUUUCACCGGAGUUGGAGUCGGAGUUGCUGCUCUUCUUGCUAUUGCAGUCAAUUUUGUAGUCACUUCUAUCAACACCCACAAGAAGAAUAGCAGAAAGAAAGUUCUUCCUGGUUCAAAUGUCAAUGUUAGUCUAUCUGCCUCUGAGAUAUUAAGGUUAGCAGACCACAUUGUUGCAAAAUCGAAGGAGGUUCAUGAUGCAGUUGCUUUGGUCCCUCUUGAUAAGGUUGCAUAUUCAAAUGUCAUAAUGCCUUUGGCAGAAUUGGAAGCAAAGCAGUUUCCAUUGGUUCAAUCGUGUAUCUUUUUUAGAUGGGUGUCCACUUCUGAAGAUGUAAAGAAAGCCAGUGCAGAAGCUGAAAAGAGAAUUGAUGCUCAUAUAUCAAGUUGCAGCAAUCGUGAAGAUGUUUACCGUGUCAUCAAAGCUUUUGCAGCUAGGGCAGAGUGGAUGGACCUUGAAGCUAAACAAUAUACCAAGUCAUUGGUUAGAGACUUUGAGCGUAAUGGAUUGAACCUCACUUCCACCAAAAGAGAGCAGUUACAGCACUUGAAGGAGCAGAUUGAUGAUCUGAGCAUGCAAUACAUUCAGAACCUGAAUGACGAUACUGAAUCUCUUCUCUUUAGUGAAUCAGAACUUGUUGGAUUGCCCAUGGAAUUCCUUAAGAGCUUAGAGAAAGCAGAUAUUGGUAAAUUCAAAGUCUCCUUACGAAGUCAUCAUGUUUCCCCUAUAGUAGAGCUUUGUAAGGUAGGAUCAACUAGGAGGAUUGUUGCUACGGCUUAUGGUAGGAGAUGUGAAAUCAACCUUUCUGUCUUACAAAAUCUGGUUGAGUUACGCCAUAAAUGUUCUAGAUUAUUGGGGCAUGCAAACUAUGCAGAUUAUAUUCUCGAUAUCAGAAUGGCAAAUUCAUCCCAAAAGGUAUUUGAAUUUUUAGAGGAGUUGUCUAACCGUUUAACCAGCUUAGCCUCUCGAGAGCUUAGUGUUCUGAAAGAACUAAAGAAGAAAGAGGAGGGAGAUUCUCCAUUUGGAGUUGAAGAUCUACCAUAUUAUGUGAAGAGAUAUGAAGAUCAGGAACACAACUUGGACUUUGGAGCCCUUAAAGAAUAUUUUCCUGUCAAUUUAGUUUUGUCUGGAAUCUUCAAGAUUUGCCAGGACCUUUUUGGAUUGAGGUACGAAGAAAUUCCAGAUGCUGAUGUCUGGCACCCUCGUGUUCACCUAUACUCAAUUUCUGACUUGUCCUCUGGUGAAAUUUUGGGCUACAUUUAUCUUGAUUUAUAUUCCAGGGAAGGGAAGUAUGCUCACACCUGUGUUGUGCCUCUUCAAAAUGGCUCAUUUGUUAAUGGUGCACGACAGAUUGCAGUUGUCCUUCUUAUUUCUCAGCUUCCCACUGAAGUUGAUGGCCGUCCUGGGUUGUUGCCAUUCUCUGAAGUGGUUAAUCUUUUCCAUGAAUUUGCUCAUGUGGUACAUCAUAUUUGCAAUCUCUCAUCAUUUGCUAGAUUUUCUGGACUACGGAUUGAUCCAGAUUUUUUAGAGAUUCCCGCCAAACUUCUAGAAAAUUGGUGUUAUGAAAGCAUCCCUCUGAAAUUAGUAUCCGGUUUCCAUCAGGACAUCACAAAGCCCAUCAAGGAUGAAGUUUGUGAAAAACUCAAAAGAUGGAGGCAUUCAUUUUCAGCACUUAAGUUGAAGCAAGAAGUUCUGUAUUGCCUUUUCGAUCAAAUAAUACACACAACUGAAAAUGUGGACAUGGUUGGGUUAUUCAAGCACCUCCAUCCGCAGAUAAUGCUUGGAUUGCCAAUGUUAGAAGGAACAAAUCCUGCUUCAUGUUUCCCACGCACUGCUCUCGGCUAUGAAGCAGCCUGCUAUAGUCGUAUUUGGAGUGAGGUUCUUGCUGCUGAUAUAUUUUCUUCAAGAUUUCAUCAUAAUCUUUUGGAUGAGCAUGUAGGCAUGCAAUUCAGGUCUAAGGUAUUGGCUCAAGGUGGUUCAAAGGACCCUCACAAGAUUCUAUCAGAUUUUCUGGGAAGAGAACCGUCGAUACAGGCAUUUAUCGACAGCAGAACUGUCUUAGGUCUAUGAAGCUCUAGCAAAUUUUGGUUGCUUUAAGAAUUCCAUGUUAUCCUUAAAUAAUGUAGAAUUUUGGUUAACUAGACACACCCUAAGGGAGUAUGUAUCCAAAUUUUUUUUCCGAUUCGAGUAAGGCUGAAUUCUGGUUGUAACUUUUGGAGAGAAAUAGCGAUACUCACUCUUAAUGCAUUUACUGUUUUAAUUUUGAGCCUAUUUGAAUUAUUUUCUUCUUUUUGA